AUGAUCCCCUUAACCUACUCAGAGCUUCGGCUCGGACCGAAUACUAUACGCCUCGUCCGUCUUCUACCAUCCGAGAAAGAUGAUACCCCGAUAAGAUGCGAGCUCUUCACCUAUAUACUGCCAGAGAGCACUGGUAGAAAGCAUCUCUACGAGGCGUUGUCCUACGUAUGGGGCAGCCAAACCUUGGUACACCUCCGAGACAAUCAGCUGGAGAGAAUUUUAUGGAUUGAUGCAAUAUGUAUCAAUCAAGGGGAUGAUGAUGAGAAGAGCGAGCAGAUCCCUCUUAUGCGGUCGAUUUAUGCACAAGCUGAUCGCGUUCUUGUCUGGCUUGGAGAGGCUAUGCCGGAUGGCGAUGAAGCACUCAAAACCAUUCAGCGUUGGGCAGGAGAAAGAGUCCUAUGGGCUGAUAACUUAUUUGAUCUAUGUUCAAGAUUAUUACGGCGCGAUUGGUUCCAACGUACAUGGGUACUCCAGGAGGUUGGUGUCGCCCGAUGCAUUUCGAUCGUCUGUGGCUCCGUGGAAAUAAAUGGGCUUGUUUUCUGUAAAGGACUCGAACGCUGCAGACGUUCGUUGCCAGACUUUAUCUACCCAGUCCUUCACCUGAUCAAGGGCUCGUUUCUCCGACCAAGAUAUGAAAUUGAUCCACGUGGGACACUUGCUAUAGGUCAACUGAUUGACAUGUACCGCUUUCACAAGGCAACUAUGCUACACGACAAGAUAUACUCAUUGCUAGGCCUGUGCGUUGAAGAUCCUGAAGAGGUUGGUUUAAAGCCCAACUAUCGUCUUCCAUGGAAUGAGAUCUUCAUGCAGGUAAUUAUGCAUGUAUUUCCAAGUUCAUGCUCUGUGGAGACAUGGCCUGAGUCAACAAUUGCCGUGAUCAAAGGCAAUGGAUUGGUUCUAGGUUAUGUUGGCCGUGUUGCAAAGGGAAUUCAUGGCUCUCAACAGGUUGAGGUAAAUGAUAAUGAUACCGCUCACUCACUAGGUUAUCUAAGCAAAUGGGGCAAUAUGUGGCAGAUUAACGCUUCUGCGGAGUCAGUUGAGAAAGGUGAUAUUAUCUUUCUAUUGGAAGGAGCCUCAAGUCCAAUCAUCAUUAGAAUCUGCAGGGGUUUUUUUACUGUCAUUGUGAGCACAACAGCACUUCAUUCAUAUCACAAAGUGAAAAGGUCUAAUGAUGUUUCCACCCAAAAGGAGGCCCCUACACAAGGCUCUCUUAGAGACAUUGUCUUGGUUUGGGAUAUAUCCUCAGCUGAUGGAGAAAAGCAUAAAGAACUCGACGACCAAAAUGACCUCAUCUACUUGGUACCACAUUACCAAGAGAAACCUUCCGAGAGAAAAAAAAGACUACAAGAAAUAUCACUCAUCUCAGAAGGCAUUAUGAUGCAGAUACUGCAUCAAAUUGGGCCCAGGUUCCAAGAUCACCGGUUAUACCGUCUUGAAAGGUGCCUAGCAGACUUUGAGCUGAUGAUCAAGGUGGCUGUUGAAGAUGAAGGAAUUUAUGAGAUCAAAAUUGUGGAGCAGCUCCUGGAACACUGUAGAGAUAGUCUACCCGUCUCUGAGAAUGUGGUCGCGGCAGCAGCAGCAAAUGAAGGAAUUUUGGGGUUUAUAGUUAUGGGGCAGCUCCUGAAACACUGUGGAAAGAGCCUACCGGUCACUGAUGUUGUGGUCAAGGCAGCAGCAGCAAAUAAAGGACAUUUUGGGCGUAGGAUCGUGGAGCAGCUCCUAGAACAUUGUGGAGGAAGCCUACGAGUCUCUGAAGAUGUGAUCAAGGCAGCAGAAGCAAACGAAGAUGAUGUGCAGGAGUUGCUCCUAGCUUAUGGAAAGUCAGAGCCUACCAGAAUCUGA